GCCGCAGCAGCCGCAGCCGCCGCCACCGCCCCUGCCGCCGCCCGUCCAGAACAGGCUGAGCGGCGGCUCGCAUUCGUCCAACCAGGAGCGGCAGCGCGCCCGCCUGCGGGACGAGAUGACCCAGCUCUCCGAGGUCAUGGACAACCUGGCGCCCUACUGCGAGCCGCCGGAUGUGACGCACAACACGGGCAGCGGGCGCAGCUCGCGCUACCAGCCGCCGCACAUGGCCUCAGUGCGGGUCAACAGCAGCACCAGCAUCACGGCCGCGCUGGACGAGGCGCACGGAGCCACCGCCCGCUGGAAGGUGUCCACCAAGAUCCAGCAGCUGCUCAACACCCUGAAGCGGCCCAAGCGACGCCCGCUGCCCGAGUUCUACAUGGACGACGAGGAGGAGCUGGAGAUGGCGGCGCGCGUGCGCGACCCGGCGGCGCCCAAGCCUGAGGGCGGCCCCAUGACCCCGGCCGUCGGCGAGCACCUGGAGAUCCCGGCCGGCCUGCCGCGCAACCUGGAGGCGGCCGUGCAGCGGUACGGCUCGGCCACGUUCAAGGCGUCGUGCGCGUCGGUGCUGGACGCCACGAACCGGGCCUCGGUGCCGCUGACCUACGGCAAGCUGCUGAGCCGCGCGCACAAGAUCGCCUUCGCGCUGCUCAACAAGGCGCGCGGCGAGACGAACCUCAAGCCGGGCGAUCGGGUGGCGCUGGUGUACCCCAACAGCGACCCCAUCAGCUUCAUGUGCGCCUUCUACGGCUGCCUGUACGCCGGCAUGGUGCCCGUGCCCAUUGAGGUGCCCAUCACGCGCCGGGACGCCGGCUCGCUCCAGAUCGGCUUCCUCCUGGGUAGCUGCGGCGUGCAGGUGGCCCUCACCACCGAGCCGUGCCACAAGGGCCUGCCCAAGACGGCCAGCGGCGAGGUGGCCGCCUUCAAGGGCUGGCCGCGCCUCCACUGGUUCAUCACCGAGCACCUGGCGCGCCCGCCCAAGGAGUGGCAGCCGCCGCCGCGACUCAACGACGACACGCCCGCCUACACUGAGUACACGUCCGACGGCGACGGCUCGGUGAUGGGCGUGACGGUGACGCGGGCCGCCAUGCUGGCCCAGUGUCGCACGCUCACCUCCGCCUGCGGCUACACCGAGGGCGAGAUCUGCGUCUGCGUGGUCGACUUCAAGCGGGAGGUGGGCCUGUGGCACGCGACGCUCUGCUCUGUGUUCAACGGCAUGCACGUCAUCUUCAUCCCCUACUCGCUGAUGAAGGUCAACCCGGCCAGCUGGAUGCAGAUGAUCACCAAGUUCAAAGCGAGCAUCGCCAUCGUCAAGUCGCGCGACCUGCACUGGGGCCUGCUGGCCACCAAGGACCACAAGGACAUCAACCUGUCGUCGCUGCGGCUGCUGCUGGUGGCCGACGGCGCCAACCCGUGGUCGCUCAGCUCGUGCGACCAGUUCCUCAGCGUGUUCCAGUCGAAGGGGCUGCGGCCGGACGCCAUCUGCCCGUGCGCCAGCAGCUCGGAGACGAUGACGGUGGCGGUGCGCCGGCCGGGCCAGGGCGGCACCAACGCCACGGGCCGGGGCGUGCUCAGCAUGGCCGGCCUGAGCCACGGCGUGGUGCGCGUCGACCAGGAGAACAGCCUGACCUCGCUGACGCUGCAGGACUGCGGGCAGGUGCUGCCCGGAGCCACGACGGUGGUGGUGCGCAGCGAGGGCGAGCCGCGCCUCUGCAGCACCGACGAGGUGGGCGAGAUCUGCGUCAGCUCGGCCGCCGCCGGCACCAGCUACUGGGGCCUGCAGGGGCUCACCAACCACACGUUCCGCGUGCGCCCGCUGCGCGCCGACGGCACCACGCUCGGCGAGCAGGACUACGUGGCAGCGGCCUGCCUCGGCUUCCUCGGGCCGGGCGGCCUGGUGUUCGUCUGCGGCUCUCGGCACGGCCUGAUGACCGUGUCCGGCCGCAAACACAACACCGACGACAUCAUCGCCACCAUCCUGGCCGUCGAGCCCAUGAAGUUCAUCUACCGCGGCCGCAUCGGCGUCUUCAGCAUACGCGUGCCGGACGAGCGCAUCUGCGUGGUGGCCGAGCAGCGGCCCGAGUGCACCGAGGAGCAGAGUUUCCAGUGGAUGUCGCGAGUGCUGCAGGCGGUGGACUCGAUCCACCAGGUGGGCAUCUACUGCCUGUGCCUGGUGCCGCACAACUACCUGCCCAAGACGCCGCUGGGCGGCAUCCACCUGUCGGAGACCAAGCGGCGCUUCCUGGACGGCUGCCUGCACCCGGCCAACGUGCUCAUGUGCCCGCACACCUGCGUCACCAACCUGCCCAAGCCGCGGGAGGUGCACAAAGCCGACGUGGGCCCGGCCAGUGUCAUGCUCGGCAACAUCGUGCAGGGCAACCGGCUGGCCACGGCGCAGGGGCGCGACCUGGGCACCGCCGACGACGAGAACGACACCACGAAAAAGCACCAGUUCAUCUCUGAGAUCCUGCGCUGGCGGGCUCAGACGACCUCCGACCACCCGCUCUUCCUGCUGCUCAGCGCCAAGGGCGGCCCCAGCUCCACCCUCACCUGCGCCCAGCUGCACAAGAGGGCCGAGCGGGUCGGCUGUCUGCUGCUGGAGAAGGGCCGCGUCAACACCGGCGACCACGUGGCGCUCGUGUACCCGCCGGGGCUCGACCUGAUCGCCGCCUUCUACGGCUGCCUCUACGUCGGUGCUGUGCCGGUGACCAUCAGGCCACCGCACCCGCAGAACCUGCAGACGACGCUGCCGACCGUCCGCAUGACGGUCGACGUCAGCAAGUCGGUGCUCAUCCUCUCCAACCAGACGGUGAUCAAGCUGCUCCGCUCCAAGGAGGCCUCCAACGUGGUGGACGUCAAGUCGUGGCCGCCCACGCUCGACACGGACGACAUGCCCAAGCGCAAGCUGGUGGCCGUGUACCGCGCGCCGACGGCCGAGAUGCUGGCUUACCUCGACUUCAGCGUGUCAACGACAGGCAUGCUGGCCGGCAUCAAGAUGUCGCACGCGGCCACCACGUCGCUGUGCCGCUCGAUGAAGCUGGCCUGCGAGCUGUACCCGUCCCGGCACGUGGCGCUCUGCCUGGACCCCUACUGCGGCCUCGGUUUCGCGCUCUGGUGCUUGAGCAGCAUCUACUCGGGUCACCGGUCGAUCCUGAUCCCGCCGUCCGAAGUGGAGGCCAACCCCACGCUGUGGCUGUCGGUGGUCAGCCAGCACAAAGUGCGCGACACCUUCUGCUCCUACGGCGUGAUGGAGCUCUGCACCAAGGGGCUGGCCUCGUCCAUCCCGCUGCUGCGCCAGCGCGGUGUGAACCUGUCGUGCGUGCGCACGUGUGUGGUGGUGGCCGAGGAGCGGCCGCGCAUCGCGCUCUGCACCUCGUUCAGCAAGCUGUUCUCGGGCCUGGCGCUCAGUCCGCGCGCCGUCAGCACCAGCUUCGGCUGCCGCGUCAACGUGGCCAUCUGCCUGCAGGGCGCCUCGUCACCGGACCCGAGCACCGUGUUCGUGGACCUGCGCGCGCUGCGGAACGACCGGGUGACGCUGGUGGAGCGGGGCGCGCCGCACAGCCUCUGCCUGAUGGAGUCCGGCAAGCUGCUGCCCGGCGUCAAGGUCAUCAUAGCCAACCCCGAGACCAAGGGCCACUGCGGCGACUCCAACCUGGGCGAGAUCUGGGUGCAGUCGCCGCACACCUCCACCGGCUACUUCACCAUCUACGGCGACGACUCGGGCACCUCGGACCACUUCACCGCCCAGCUGGUGACGGGCUCGACGGGCGAGGUGUACGCCCGCACCGGCUACCUGGGCUUCCUGCGACGCACCGACAGCGUCCGCCUGGGGCCGACUGUUUCUGCCGUGUGCGGCGGUCCCGCCGGCGGCCCGGUGUCUCGCUCGGUGCUGACGGCCGCCGCCCCCCCCCCCCCCCCCCCGUCCACAGAGAAGCACGACGCCGUGUUCGUGGUGGGCUCGCUGGACGAGACGGUGAUGCUGCGCGGCAUGCGCUACCCGAUCGACAUCGAGACGUCCGUGCUCAAGUGCCACAAGAAGGUGGUCGAAUGCGCCGUGUUCGUGUGGACCAACCUGCUGGUGGUGGUGGCCGAGCUGGAGGGGAACGAGGACGACGCUCUGGACCUGGUGCCGCUCAUCACCAACACCGUGCUAGAGGACCACCACCUGAUCGUCGGCGUCGUGGUGGUCGUCGACCCGGGCGUCGUGCCCAUCAAUUCGCGCGGCGAGAAGCAGCGCAUGCACUUGCGCGACGGCUUCCUGCAGGAUCAGCUCGACCCCAUCUACGUGGCCUACAACAUGUGAACGCGCGGCGAAGCGGGCGCGCG